GCCAAUGGCAAGCGGGCAACGCGACUCUGAAGCCAGCGAUUCAAUCGGACCGCUUUUUGGGGGCUCCAGUUCGAUGCGAUUCGAGCGGAAGAAGAAAAAUACGAGUGCCGACGAAGAGGCCAAUGUGCGUGCCGCGAGGAUCGUCUUAGUUAUUGGUAGGAAAUCGCCAUCGCAAAGGCAAAUCGCAAUUCGAAGAAACGCGGCCCAGCAGUGAAACCUCGAGUCAAGCAGGCAGGCUGUAAAUCAUAAAGUGUCAGCAAAUCAACAGAAAUUCAGUCGAGUGUGCUUUCUUCGUCCGAGAUUUGUGCCACUGCAUACACUACACUCUACACUAUACUAUAUGGCGAAACACAAAAGUGUGGCAAAGGGAAUAUAAAGUAUAAAGCGAACAAUAAAAUAUGUUAAUGCACUCAAAGCUCAAAGAAAGUGUGAACGGCAAAAACAAAGUAAUGCAACCGAGUGCUCAAAACGUAAAUUAAGUGACAGUAAAUAAAGCAAAAAUCGAAAUUAAGCAACGUUUGAAGUGGCGCCCGACAAGGAUACGGCCGCGACAUGACCCGCUUUCGCAUAAAAAACCUGAAAAUCCUCUCCUGCUGCCUCAGCCUCUGGGUGGCGCUCUUCGGCGGAGCCCUGCACCUGGCCCAAGGCAGUGAGUUUCCCGAGCGCGAAUGCUGCGACCUGACCACCACCUCCACGGUGGGUCCGCUGCCCAUGCCGCCCGCCGCGCUGCCCACCGACAAGUCACUCUCCUCGGCCACCACGGCCUUGGAGACGGAUCUGGCCAUAGGACGAUCGGGUUCAACCAUUAAGGGCGUCGUGGCCAUAUUGAAUUGCAUUCUAGCCCGACAGCUCUGCUUCGAGGAUCCAUCAUGUUCAGCCAUAUUGGAAAUUAUACCACGCGUCUGCGGUCCCAUACCAGUGUCCUGCAGCACAGUGACUGUGACCAAGUGCCAGGCCGCCCUACGUACCCUGCAGGCCUUUCAGUUCUUUCGACCAACCUGCCUGUGCAAGGAACCCGGCAUGGAUCCCGAUUGCAAUCAUUUCCGGGACUUUCUCUUCGAUCAUCCUUGCGGAUUUGUUCUGAAGAAAGCCGAAAAGGAUCCGUAUCCCAUUGAUGCACUGCCCACGUGCAAUCACGCUCUGUCCGUCUGCCAACAGGAACGCAAAUGCUUGAAGCUCUUCGAGGACUUUAAAACGCAUUGUAAGGUGCGCGACAACAAAUGCAAAAUGGAAAAUAGGGACGCCUGCCACGAUUCGUGGACCAAUCUUCGACUGUCGCCGAUGUUCGGAUGCAUUUGCCCGAACAACCAUAUGAAAAAGCGCUGUGAUCGUAUCUUUAAUAUUGUUAAUCACAAUCCGUGUGUGGAUAGACUAAUAUUCUUCCCCAACGGUCUGCCCAAAUUGAAGCACCCGCGGCCCAAGACCAAGUCCAGGUCGAAACAAAAGACCAGGCCCAAGUCCAGGCUGAGGCAGAAGCCGCAUGGCCUCAAUGGCACAGAGUUAAUGUCCAACAAUAUCGAGUACCAUGACGAGCCCAAUGGCUUAAGUGAUCCAACAGGGGCAGAGGAUGAGGAAGAGGCUCCGCAGGAAAACGAGAACGAUGGCAAUGACGAGGACGAGGACGAGGAUGAGGAAGAGGACGAUGAUUAUGAUGACCGCAUACGAGCCGAGAUUUAUUCCAAUUACCCGCACUACCUCCAUCCGCCAUCGUGGGGCAUUAACAAUCCCCUGGUCCUGGCCUCGCACAGUCCUCACACCCUGGACGAUGACGAUGAUGUGGUGGUGGAAGUGGUGGCCCACAAGAAACCACCAUCGCCACCGACGACAGUGCAGCAGCAGCAGCAACACAACAAUGCUGGCGAUGCACUAGACCAUGACGUCGUGGUGGUGGUGGAUGCGGGUCCCGGUCCCCACUCUCAUGCCCAUCCCCACUCGCAUACGUACUACACGCACGGCGAUCAGAGCUCGACCACCGGAUCCGGACAACCGGGACAGGGACAGGGACAGCCGUCACCCACGAUACCCAGCCCACCUAACACCGGCACCAAAAUGCACAAAACAGCACCACCACUCGGCGAUUUAGUUGCCGGCAGCGAUAUAACCCACCGCACUUACACCGGACCCACGAUGGAUGAACGAGUAAGAAUAUUGGGAAUGGACGAGAAACUGCAUCAGAGAAUCUUCAAUGAUAAUUUGGCCCUAAUUGAUACGCCCCUAAUAGCCAUGGGCACCGGCUCUGGUUCCGGCAUGGUCACCACAUCCGGCUCCGGCUCCGGCUCCAUCUCCGGAUCCGGCAUGGGCCUGGGCUUAUCCGGCAGCUUUAACUAUCCGGGCUCGAUGCACGGCGUGCCCAGCUAUCCGUUCAAUAUAAGCGGCUUCCAUCAGCGGCACAUGGCAGCGGCGGCUGCCGAUAAUGAACCGUUCGAUAUCAUUGAUACGGGCUUCGGCUAUGGCGGAAACGGAAAUACCGGUGUUUACUACCAAAGUGGUCAGGAUGUCGAAGUUGACCUCUCAACGGAAAUAAUCAAGCAACACUUUCAGAGUACCUGUCACACGGCAUUGGACACUUGCCGUGAGGAUCCGUCCUGCUCCUCGUCCCUGCAACCGAUGCUGAUGCACUGCGAAAUGCACCGUUGCAAUCGCAAUGCAUGCAUGUCCUCGCUCCAGGCCUUCUACAAGGGUCCCCACGAGGACCUCAAUCUGGACAUUGCCUUUUGUCUAUGCAAGAAAACAGGGAGCAGCCAGCAGAACGCCAAUCGGCACGACAUGUGCAUGAUUGCACAGGAAAAACUGCAUCCAGUGUGCGCCCAGCGGCCGCCCGAUAACAGUAAUCCGGCCAGUUCCAAUGGCAUUUACUACCAUCCGCCGCCCGCCUGUCACGUGGUCGCCGACAGCUGCAAGGAGGAUCGCGAGUGCAGACUCAAGUUGGAGUAUUACGAGCAGGCCUGUGCGGUGGACAGCGUGACCAAAAAGUGUGCCGGCAGACCAAGCGGAUGUCGAACUGCAAUGAUUGGCAUACUGGGAACCAUGCUGAGGACGACCUGUGCCUGCCAAGGAACAGAUCCCCAGCACUUGUACCAAUGCGUGGGAUGGCGACGACUGCUGUGGAUGAAUCCUUGCGUGGUUGAGGCUCAAAAGGAUUUCCAUAUGAAGCGAUUGGCUGAGCUUGGUUUCCUUACCACCACGACGACGACAACGACCACCACGACGACCACAACAACGACGACGACGACACGGGCACCACCGCCGCCACCUCCACCGCCGCCCACCACAACACCGACGACGACGACCAGCCUGCAGCCGAAGCAAACGCCAAGGAAACCGGCAACGCACAUCUUCAAGGAUGUAUAUGCGCCAAAAGAGAAAUCAGAGCCAGCAUCGGUGGAACACAAUUAUCUCGAUCUGCCCGAUUCAAUCCCGCUGCCCAGCGUAAAUGUCGAGAGCGGCGGAAAUGGCGGAAAUGACGAUUAUCGCAGCGGCAACAACGGCCAUGGACACGGAAAUGGAAAUGGCAAUGGUAACGGGAACGGUAACGGUAACGGCAACGGUAACGGCAACAGCGGCAGACGUAAAAAUAACGGAAAGGGGGGAGGGGGACGCGGCAACAGUGGCAGUAUAGAUUUCGAUGAUCCAGUAAUUUUCGUCGACCCAAGGGAAACAACGGAAUUUGUGGGCAUCAGCAUCACGGAGCCGGUAACCACAACAACCACAACAAUGGCGACCACGACAACAACGCAGCCGCCAAGAAACUGUGUGGUGCAACGACCUCGACAAUCGGAUCAACUAAUUCGUGAGGGCAGCAGCAAGCGGAUCUACUCCUUGGACGAUGUGGAGUGUAGCGAGCUGUGCAGCUGCGGCGACUCUCUUACCCUCACCUGCCACGCCCUCUGCGUGCCCUUUGCCCCCUGCCGCACCGCCCUCGCCUUCUACAGCCACGCCUCGCCCGCCUACCAGGCGUUCCGCGGUCGCUGCCUCUGCUACUCGGGCCGCUUCAUCUGCAUGAAGCCGCCGCUUGGGGAGUACAUUCUGCCAGGUGGUGUAUUCCUGCUUUUGGGCUAUAGUGCCGCCGACGAGGCACUGCUCCGUCCUCACACGAACCUCGGGGUUCAGGAUGCCGUGCGUGCCCUGCAGCAGUAUGUAACCACAUACAUCGAUAAUCAGACGCAGUGCACCCUAACGCUGUUCAAUAUGACCGAGGAGAACAUAAUCAUAGCUGCGCGUCUGCCACACGAUGGCAAACUGAAGGAUAUUGAGCUGCUGCGCAAGGAGAAGGACGAGUGCACCGCGAUACUGAAGACCAUCAGUCAUCAAAUCAAUAGCGAGCACAGCGAGCUUCAAUCCCACCGUUUGCUCAGCAUUUUCAAAAUGUCCGAAGUCGAGGUCAUUUGGCCGGAGAGUACGAGUGCGGCGGCACGGAGUGGACACGGUUCCGUCUGUCAGUUUGCCAGCGACGGUGGAUGCCACCGGCUGCUCUAUGUGAUGAUGCUGGCGGUGGCCGCUUACUUCUCCAGCUGGACAGCGUUGUGUGUGAGCGAUGUGGCGAUGUGGACAUGACAGCCGCAUAGCUGAAGGAUUGAGGCAAGGACAAUUGCAUAACUGUACGUAGUAGAUACUUGGUGGGGGAAGGAUAACGAUAACGAUAGCUAUAACUAUAAACUAUAAACUAUAAACUAUAAUGAUAUGGUGCCUCCCAUGGCCAUGGAAUAGCAUAAUCGUAAUACUGUGUUGUAUACAUUUAGGGGCUAGUUCUGUGUUUUUUAGCUGCGAUUAUUGUGAAGCUUUGUUGUUGACCCUUUGACAAUGUUUGUGCUGUCCCUUUUGAUACGAACGUAUGUAUGUGUGGAUUUGCGGGAUAUAUAUACAGAAACUUAUAUAGGACAUAUGCAUAUAUUAUAGAACUCAACACUAGAUUAAUCUAUCAUUUAAUGUGAAAACGGAAAAACUGCUGUCUACAUAAUAAUACUGUUAGCAAACUCAAUAGUUGGAUUUGACAUGUGAGGAGAUGUGUGUAUAUAGAAGCAAGUAUUAAGCAGCCAUUAAGUACUAUCCGUAGCUAGAGUUUUAUACGGUAAACAAUAUAUAUAUUUCUGUCCACACACACACAUUAUACACACAACACACACAUUAAGACCCUCUCAUUGUUUGCUGUUUAAGCUCUUUCAAGUUCUUGGCUGCCUCAAUUAAGAAUGGGAAAUUAUUAAACGCCUUAACAACGCUGACGCCAGUGUAUGGAUCCCUCGGAUAUGACGGCGCUUUCUCUCUUUUGAUUUUUAAUUACAUUUUAAUACGACUCGACCUUCUGACGGGACAAACAAAUAAAUGUCAGGCAAGCGAAUGCGAAAACUCACUCGUUUAACACUCUUAUGCAAAUCGGUAUUGUUAAUUUAUUUCAUAGUUUCACCGUUUCAUUCGGAGGCGGGAAAACAAUUACGGUUUCAUUAUCAAUUAUGCGUUCUGCAUUUCUGCAUUGUUCCACGGGGCAGCCACGGACGACCUCAACCUCGCCUCGUUUCAACAGGUUUCAUUGCUAUAUAAUAUAUAUAUAUUUAAAAAAAAUAAAUAUGUAUCCCUUUGUUCAGUUCGCUGUACAUAUUCCUACCUGCUCCUACCACUUUGUACUCCUCACUUGACGUAAUUAAAUACUAACAGUACAUAUCAAUAUGAACACCUAAACGAGUUUUACACGAAAAUUCUUCUCGAAUCUUUUGUAUAUAUGAUUCUUUAUACCAAAAACUAAAAAAAACUAUACAUAAGAUUUACAACGAUAUACAAAACAAGUAAAUACAAGCCUACAAACCCCCUAUGGAAUAUGGUACGAGAUCUCAAAUGCAAGUUAGUAAAGUAACUAAGUUAAAGUGUAUAUGGAACGAGACUUUAGUUGAGCCUUAAAGAAAAUAUGUAAACUAGAAACUAUUGUAAAUAGUAGGAAAGGGAAGAAAAACAACACCUGAGUGAAUGGAAAAUCUAUGAAUAUUAAUGGAGUGUUUGGAUGCAUACACACACAACACACUCACACACGCACUUUAAGCCUAAGCUUGACCAUUUUGAACCGAAAAGAAGAUGAGAAAUUUGUAGCAGUGUAAAAUGUGCACGUAUUGAGAAUGGUCACAAUCAUGAAAAAAUGUCUUCCUUAAUGCAUAUACUCGGCGAUAUGUAUUAUGUUUAUACACAUAGAAAAAAAGAAAAGGAAAUAUAUAUAUAUAUAUACGAAUUACCUAUACCUAUACCUAUACCUUACCUAUACCUAUACGAUAUCUGGCAAUGAACCCAAAACCUACGCUUCAGUUAGACAAAAGAUAAUGUAAUAUACACACCGAUGGGUUAAACAAUAUCACUCUAUCAAAUAUCCUUGCAAAUUAUAACACUGUUGACACGAAUUAAAAAACUAACCGCAGCAUAUCUAAGUCAAAAAAAAUAUACCCCAAAAAUAAAUAUAUAUAAUAAUUAUUAAUAAAUAUAUACGUAUGCGUAAAGUUAUAAACGUUAGAGAGCAUUGAAAAAACUACUUUAAUAGUGUCUAGAGAAAGCAACGCUUUAACUUAAACCUAAAAAACAGCAGCAGCAGAAAGUGUGUUUGUAAAGUCAAUUUCUUUUGGGGAAACCUGCUUGAGAAAUAUCAUCUAGCUAAAUAUUAGACGAAUUUAAGGCAAAACUAAACUAUCGAGCAGCUCGUUUAUCCUUAGGAAAUAGGGGAAAUUAGUGAAAAUUGUUUCGGGAUAUUGAAAUUCAGUUUCAUUUUGCUAACCAAUCCGCAUCGUUUUUAUGGCCAACUGAAGCAGCAACUAAGUCGUUAUAUAUUUUCGGACCCCAUAUCAGUGACCGGGGACAAGUCGAGUGUAUUGUUUCAUCCUUGAAUCCCAGAUCCCCCCUCAAUCAUCUCUAUAUACAUCACUCGCCCUCCAAUGGGUGCGGACAAAGCGUAGCUACAAUGUAAAGUACCGUUAAAGAAUGAUGAAAAACGAAAGGGAAAUGAAGAAAAUUACAAAAUAGUCAUCGCAUUAAUGUAAAAAGCAGGCAAAAAGGGCAAAAAGGAAAAACUAGCAUACUCAAAUAGCAAUCUGUAGCAAGGAUACGUAUAAAUUCCAGGAUAGCAAAAUCACAAAAGGCAUAAAUAGCAAAAAAAUAAACGUAAGGCGGAGGGAGGGAAAGAAAAACCAUUGAAAAUUAUGCAUGGGGAAUUCAAGAAAGGAGCACUUCAAGUUUAAAUCUGUAAGUUGAAACCUAAGCAGUAAACGAUAAAUUAAUAACUAUAAAUAAAUAAAUAAAUAUACGAUAUGUUAGGGAAAAGCAUACGAUUGAGUGUGUAUGUAAGUAUGUGGGCUUUAUGUUAACGUAUACAAAAAGAAAAACAACAACCGAAUUGAGGUACAUGAAUAACGUUAAAAUUAAAUAUAAACAAGGAAAAAACACUAUGGAAUAAACCAAAAGCGAAUGGCAUAUUUGUAAUAAACGCAAAGAACAUGAACAAUGUAAGUGAAACAAACAAAGAAAAACAAA